UUCAAAGAAAAUAAACAAACAAUAAAUAGUACUUUAUACCCUUAAAAUAAAUUACAUUAAUUUACUUUUAGAUAGUAAUUUUAAAGAUAGAUUACGCUAAAAGCUAAAAAUUAAAAUCCAAGUUAUGAUCCAAUUAUGACUACAAUUCCCAUGAUGCCUCCAUAACUAGUCUGUGUACGUCCCCUUAACACGACUGCCGCUCCGUUUGUAGAUUUGUAUACUGCCUGGCUGAACUGGGCCAUGCUGUAACGAUCCCGUGGGUAAAUCCGGGGAUGCUUUAAGUAGUUGCUAAAACGCGCAGCCGCUCUUGAACAUGUCCUGUCCUCGGUUGGUUUGGUUUAAAGGAGACGCAACAAAGCGAACAAAAUGGUUGCGGGCGAGGGCCAGGCGAACACUUUACGGUUUACUAUAGCUUUAAGAGCGAGAAAAUAGUGUCUGCUUCUUUAAAAUUAUAUCGGUUUAUUGCUGAAUAGGUAAUUAAGAAAACUUCUAAGUUUAUAGCAAUUAAUUUAUGCAUUUAAUUUGUUAGGAAGCCAACAUAAAAUGCACCACUGUUGGAUAGGAGCCGCUUGCAUUCAAAACGUCUUUAAAGCAAAUGUGUUUAGUUUUUCUUCACUUUACGUGUAACCCUGCGUGACUUAAGAGAAACCCGAGUUAGGCUGAAGUGUCCUCAGGGUGAUGGAACCAGCCGGCGACCGAGCCGAGGACAUAAAUACAGGUGAAGAGCCGAACGAGGACAAGGCCGCAGAGCAGACCUCGGCCACCAGUUCGAACGUUACCCCGCGGCGGGCGCUCAGAGAGCGCGGAGCGGCCCGACCGAGGUCCGGCGUCCCUGCUUCAGUCAGGGACAUUAACGGCGUCGCGUCCAGCCCGCAGACCUCCGGACGCGUUUUGAGAGAUAGGUCAACGAGGGCAGUCCCGGCCUGGCUGAAGGACUCCAAAAGCGACGACGAAGAGGACGAGCCGAUUCCGGACAGCAAUGCGACGAAGCGGAGGAAAGUUUCCAGCUCCAGGCGGAAGAAAAUUUCAGAUUCUUCCAGUCAGGUGGAAGCAGGAGAGGGGGUCCUAGGAGACAACAUUCAAGGCACAGAUUCAGAAGAUCCUAAGAAACUUGCCACAGAUGCUCAAGCUGUUUCUACCAGACGACCCUCAGCUCAGACUAAUGCCAAGCCCACAUCUGGUGGGGAUGUCCGUGGUUCUGCCAAGACUGCGUGUAAAUCCGAACCUGAAGUGGAGAACCAAGCUGCAGUGGAGGAGGAGCUAAAUGAUGAAGACAAGUGUGACAUGAAAGAGAAAGAAGAGGAAAACGAGGAGGCAGCUGAUAAAGUCCUAGAUGAUGAAGACUGUCAAUUUCAGGAUGACCCAAGUGACCUCAUCUACCAGCCACCGAGCCAGAGUGGUGAUGAAGAGGAAGAGAGUCUCAGUAGUGAUGAAGAUGUUCCUUUCAGAGACGACCUAAAUGACCAGAGCUACGACCCGAGGGCUGAAAGGGAUGUUCCCAAAUCAAAGCGCCGGCUUCCCCCGAGACAGAAGGAAAGGAAAGAAAAGGAUAGAGCUCCUAAGAAAGAAAAGGAGGUGGCGGAGAUCAAAGUGGAAAGGUCAGAGAGCUCGGAGGUUGCAGAAGAAGUAAAGAUGGAAGAGGAGAUUAUAGAAGAUCCAGAUGGACCCAGGAAGAGAGGUCGAAGGAAAAAAGAUGACAAAACUCCACGGCUGCCAAAGAAAAGGAAGAAACCUCCGGUGCAGUAUGUGCGCUGUGAGAUGGAGGGCUGUGGGACGGUGCUGGCUCACCCUCGCUACCUUCAGCACCAUAUAAAGUACCAGCACUUAUUGAAGAAGAAGUACGUCUGUCCUCACCCAUCUUGUGGAAGGCUUUUUCGCCUGCAGAAGCAGCUGCUGCGUCAUGCAAAGCAUCACACAGACCAGAGGGAUUACAUCUGUGAGUUCUGUGCUCGUGCCUUUAAGAGCUCCCACAAUCUGGCUGUGCACCGCAUGAUCCACACCGGAGAGAAACCCCUCCAGUGUGAGAUCUGCGGCUUCACGUGUCGCCAGAAAGCCUCUCUCAACUGGCACAUGAAGAAGCACGACGCCGACGCCACCUAUCAGUUCUCCUGCUCCAUUUGUGGGAAGAAGUUUGAGAAGAAGGACUGUGUGGUGGCCCACAAGGCCAAAAGCCACCCAGAGGUUCUGAUCGCCGAGGCAUUAGCAGCUAACGCUGGUGCUCUGAUCACAACCCCUGCCUCCCUGCUGGAGCUGCCGGGAGACCCCGUACAAGCAGAUGUUACAGGUAUGGACGUGAGCACCGUUGGACAAGACGGUCAGGAUCAGCUGGGCCAGGACGAGCAGCAUGUGAAUCACAUGGCUCAACAUGCAAAUCCUCAGGUGGUUCUACUGGGGCAAGACCAGAGCCUCCAUGCCAUGCAGGUGCCGGUAACGAUUGCCCUGUCCCCGAUCGACCCCCCUUCUCCAGCUGACCACCAGCAGCAAACCCACCUCCAGCUGCAGAUGCCCGUCCAGUUUGUGCAGACUGCUCAGCAGCCACAGAUCCAGCAGCUGACCCUCCAUCCUGGCUCAGUGGUGACCCAGCAUCAGUCGCAGCUCCAGCCUCUUCAGCCCUACGCAUCCCAUCAGCAGAGCCAGCCACAAAUCCUGCAGAUGGCCUUCCAGCCCGUCAACCAGUCUCACACCCACAUUCAGCAGAUCCCUAUGUUAGCCACCUCUCAACAGCUGCAGACAGCUGUUCCUAGCCCUCCUAUGAUGUCCACCUCCCAAUGCCAGUCCCAUGAUCCAGCCUCAGCCAACAGAGACACCUUCGUUAUGGACAAUCCAGUGCUUUCUUCUUCGUCUCCAUCAGGGAGCUCGCUCCAGCAGGCGGAAGGGGAGGACAGCUCUGUCUGGGGACAGACGGGGUAGAGACGCUCUGGCUGUUGUACGGCAUAAGGUAAAUGUAGGAUCCCUGAUAUGUACUGUUCACCUACUGUCAAACUUUGUAGCUCUUUCUGUAUCAGGGAAAUGUGUGUGUGUGUGUUGUUGCCUUUGUACAUAAUGGUCCUAGAACUAGCUGUUUGAGUGUGUAAAGUCCUGACUUAGGUUGCACAUAUGCAAUAAUAGCCCACCUCUGAUAAAUAUAUAGUAAAUACCUAAUGUGUGGCAUUAAAUAAGACGAGAAUUUUUUUUAUUUAUGUAACGCUUAACGAGAGAAAGCUAUAAACGUUCACAAAAUAUGAGUAAUUCAUUUUUAAACACUGGUCAUCUUUUCAUUUAUUGCCUAUUUUUCCAAGAUAAAGAUACAAAUAUAAACAGAUCUAAUGUCAAAGACGGAGGGAACGUGCCAACCCCUUGAAAAGAAGACAAACACAUUUAACAUGUUAAAAAGUUAAGAAAAUGCUUAUUUCUGAUAUUUUGCAGUAAAUGAACCUGAGACAGACAGUAGGAACAGUAACCAUCUUAGUCUAUUUCUUAUUUCUGUCCAUUCUAAGCAGCCAAAUAAUGACCGGUGACGUACGCAGAUCAUGUUCAAACCAGUAAGCUGUCACAGAUUUGUCUUUUACUUGUGAUGUUUGAAAAACGAAGCUAUGUAGAAACUAAUCAUCUGUCACAAUGAAUUUGUCUGAGCACAAACACAUUAACCAGUGCAUUUAUACAAUGUAAAUAAAGGUCAACAUUUA